UGGAAUGCGCAGGCGCAGGAAGUCUUCGGCAGAAAGCAGGCCGAGCCCGGGGGCCGGGCGCGGGGCCUUGUGGGAGGGCUUAAGGAAGUAAAAUGGCGGACCUGGCGAACGAAGAAAAGCCUGCCGUCGCACCGUCUGUCUUUGUGUUUCAGAAGGACAAAGGACAGAAGUCCUCCACAGAGCACAAAGACUUGCCGGAGUCGGGAGAGGAGCCUCGGGGGGAGGCGGAGGCGCCCCGCCCUGACGCGGGGCACCCCGAAUCCGCUGGGGAGCAUGCCUUAGACCCUCCUGCCCCUACUGGUGCUUCCACCAGCUCUCCUCCGCCCCCUGCUCCUGCAGCCCAGCCUCCUUGUGUGCGAGAACUGGCAGGGAGGUCUGCUGGCAGCUCUAGCCCAGAAGCCGGAGAAGAUUCUGACCGUGAGGAUGGAAACUACUGCCCUCCAAUCAAGCGUGAGCGGACAUCCUCUCUAACGCACUCAGAGGAGAAGAGCAGCGGCUUCCGGCUGAAGCCCCCGACGCUCAUCCAUGGCCAGGCACCCAGUGCAGGUCUGCCCAGCCAGAAGCCCAGGGAACAGCAGCGUGGUGUGCUCCGCCCAGCUGUGCUGCAGGCCCCACAGCCCAAGGUGCUGUCACAGACGGUCCCCAGCAGCGGCACCAAUGGGGUCAGCAUGCCAGCAGACUGCACGGGACCAGCCAUGUCCGCAUCACCAGAAAACCUCACACAGAAGAGCCCUUCCGAGUCUGCCGAGGGGACAAACACACUUGAGGAGAAAGUGCUUCAGAAAACGCCACAUGGCACCUCAGAGGAGGGGCACUCUGAAGAGGAACAGGUGGCCCCACAGGCCUUUGUGUUUGGACAGAACUUGAGAGACAGAGUGAAGUUAAUGAAUGAGAAUGCUGAUGUGGCAGAUGUAGACAGCGCUGCACAUCCCAGCUCAGAAACACCCACUGCAACCAACUACUUCCUGCAGUACAUCAGCUCCAGCGCAGACAACUCGACCCACAGUGCUGACACCUCCAACAAGUUUGUGUUUGGCCAGAACAUGAGUGAGCGUGUCUUGAGCCCCCCCAAGCUGAAUGAAGCCAGUUCAGAUGCCAGCAGGGAGACUACGCAUGCCCAGUCAGGGUCUGAGCCAUCGUCCCAGGAGGCUGCCCCCAAGAAAGAGUCACUGGCUGAGUCAGCUGCUGCCUACACGAAGGCUACAGCGUGGACAUGCUUCCUGGAGAAGGUGGAGGUCAUAACGGGGGAGGAGGCAGAAAGCAACGUGCUGCAGAUCCAGUGUAAGCUGUUUGUGUUUGACAAGACCUCACAGUCAUGGGUGGAGCGUGGCCGGGGACUUCUCAGGCUCAACGAUAUGGCGUCGACUGAUGACGGCACGUUACAGUCCCGGCUGGUGAUGCGGACCCAGGGCAGCCUGCGGCUCAUCCUGAACACAAAGCUGUGGGCACAGAUGCAGAUGGACAAGGCCAGUGAAAAGAGCAUCCGCAUCACAGCCACAGAUGCCGAGGACCAGGGCGUCAAAGUCUUUCUGAUCUCGGCCAGCUCCAAGGACACUGGCCAGCUGUACGCAGCACUGCACCACCGCAUCCUGGCACUGCGGAGCCGUGCGGAGCAGGAGCAGGAGGCCAAGGUACCCGCACCUGAGCCAGGAGCCCCCCGGGCCGCCGAGGAGGAAGACAGUGAUGAGGAUGCAGUGCUGACUCCCUCAGGGGUCACUCCCUCGGGAGCCGGCCCAGGUGACGAAGGGGAUGGCCAGACUCCUGGGAGCACAUAGCAGCAGCGGAGCCACUGCGUCAGGCUGCUGCUUUGUCGUCUGUCCGCUGCCCGUCCCUCCCUGCAGGCCGCGUCAUGGUGGUGUCUAUUGCUGGGGUGGCCACAGGCUGGAUCCGCGUGUCCCCUCUGCAGCAGACGGGGAUGCCAGGAUGUGGCUUGGGACUCAGACCUCAUCAUAUUGAUGAGCAGAAAGAACGCUCCCCGCCCUCCUCCUCCGAUCGAAACGGCACAUUGACACUUGUCACCGCUUCCGCUGGCUCAGACCUGGCCUGGCCACCCAGUCUUGUGGUGGCCGUCUCUCCUCCUCGGGCAGCAGCAGUUCAAACUCCGGGCUCAGCAUUCUGUUGAGAGCACCUGCCGCCCGCUGGCUUCCGGCUCUGCCGGGUCCAUGUGGCCAACGCCUCUCGUUGAUUCUGAUGACGGGGCUCUCACGGGCCUGGAUGAAGCUGCUCAUGGGCUGAGCUGACUCGUCCCUGUGGGUGGCGCCCGGCCCCCACAGCGAACCCCUAAGUUUGGGCCUGAGAACACCUGUCUAGACAAAGGUGACGGGCCCCAGGAGGGUUCUUGCACUCUGGCUCACCCACACCACCUGGGCCUCCUUAAGCAGGUACCCAGCGCAGCACGGCCCUGGGGUAACUGACCAUCGAGGGCCCCUGAGAGGCAAAGGCCCUGCGGAGGGCCUGUCCUCGGCGGAAGACGACGCCCCCACCCGUGGACUUUGUGGUUCCAUCUCUGGCCAGGGAGCCAGCAAGGACACCAGAGGCUGCCUGGCAGAUGGGUCACACUCUGCUUACAGCCUUAGCCAGCCAGUGACAAGUGACUCCAGACGUCGCCCAUGUGUUUUGGAACAUUUAUGUAAGAUUGUCAUAUGAAAUGUAUUUGAGAACUGCAUUAAAACUUUUAACUAAAA